GACGCGCACGGCGUUUAGUCUCGUCCGGACCCCAGAUGGCCCUCCAUCACAGGGACUGCAUGAAGCAUACCAGCAAGCCCAGCUCCAUCCUCCCCUAGCGAAGCCAGUUCGUGGAUUACCGCAUUGUUUUGUUACUCCCAUCCAGAGACGGAGCGAGGAAGAAGACGACGACGAUGAUGAUGAUACGCACACCGUGGUGGAUUUCCCUUUUGUGCGUCUGUGGAUUGAUGCACGUCGGGCAUCAGAGCAACCCCCAUUCCUUUAAUGGUGACGCCUCGUCGAGCGUCAAGACGCCCCGGAGAGGCGGCAGCUCGAUGGGCAAGAAGGUGAACUCGGUGCCCGUCCGCCUUCUCUACAGCAGACACAACCACAGCAUGGUCGACCACCAUGAGCUCAGCACACGCGUCAUGGGCAGCCCCAGAUCCACGCAGGUGAACCACAUAGCCCAAGCCAGCUUUCAAGUGGAGGCUUUUGGCAGGAAGUUCACCUUGGAUGUGGAGCUCAAUCAUGAUCUGCUGUCUUCAGAGUACGUGGAAAAGCAUUUGUCAGAGAAAGGGAAGACAGUCGUCACUGCUGGAGGAGAGCACUGCUACUAUCAGGGGAGAGUCAGAGACAUUCCUCACUCCUUCGCAGCCCUUUCCACUUGUCAAGGUCUACAUGGGAUGUUUUUCGAUGGCAAUCACACAUAUCUGAUUGAACCUGGAGGAGAGGGCGGCGGGAAUCAUGGCAAUGUUCACUUGAUAUACAAAUCUGGAGGGUCAGAUGGACUAAUGGACCUAUUUGGUGGUCACCUCCCUGAGCCGCCCUUUCCCACUCCUCCAUUUCCUGGCUCAAGAGUUGUUCACCGGAGAAAGAAGAGACAGGCCCCACACGUGUUUCGAAGUGUGGAAGAUGAAGUCAAAUACAUCGAGCUGAUGGUGAUCAAUGACCAUUUAAUGUACAAGAAGCAUCGCCUUUCCGUUGGCCACACCAAUAACUAUGCUAAGUCAGUGGUCAAUAUGGCUGACAUGAUUUUCAAAGAACAAUUGAACACCCGCAUUGUGCUUGUCGCUAUGGAAACAUGGUCUGCCGACAACAAAUUCAACAUCGACGAUGACCCCAGGGUGACUCUGAAGGAGUUCAUGAAGUACCGCAAAGAUUUCAUCAAGGAGAGAUGCGACUCUGUCCAUCUCUUCUCGGGGAACCAUUUUCACAGUGACUGGGGCGGUGCUUCCUACAUGGGAGGAGUUUGCUCUCUCACCAAAGGGGGAGGCGUAAAUGAGUAUGGAAAAUCAGAUGUGAUGGCCAUAAAUCUGGCUCAGUCCCUCGCUCAUAACAUUGGCAUUUUCUCGGACAAGAAGAGGAUCAUGAAUGGGGAGUGCAAGUGUGAAGAUCGUUGGUCAGGCUGCAUCAUGGGUGAUGCUGGCUUCCACCUGCCCAAGAGGUUCACCGACUGCAACGUGGAGGAAUACCACAACUUCCUAAGCAGUGGUGGCGGAACCUGUCUGUUCAACAAGCCUCUCAAACUGCUGGACCCUCCUCAAUGUGGUAAUGGCUUCGUGGAGCCAGGGGAGGAGUGCGACUGUGGCAGCCCAUUGGAGUGUGCACGAGAGGGAGAGAAUUGCUGUAAAAAGUGUACUCUGACUCAAGGCUCGAAAUGUAGCGAUGGGCUCUGCUGCAACAACUGCCAGAUGGAAUUCAUGGGGGUUGUGUGCCGGGAUGCGGUGAAUGACUGUGACAUACCCGAAAACUGCACGGGAAACUCCAGCCAGUGUCCACCAAAUGUGCAUAAGAUGGAUGGUUACACGUGCGAGAAAGACCAGGGGCGCUGCUUCAAUGGGAGAUGUAAAACAAAAGACAAACAGUGCAAGUACAUUUGGGGAGAGAAAGCCACGGCGGCGGACAAGUACUGCUACGAGAAGCUCAACAUUGAGGGCACUGAGAAGGGCAACUGUGGGAAGGACAAAGACACGUGGAUCCAGUGUAACAAGCAAGACGUUCACUGCGGCUACCUACUGUGCUCCAACAUCUCCCCUACCCCACGACUGGGAGACCUGCCGACAGGCUUGACCUCCUUCUCUGUGGCAAGACACAGCGCCUCUCUAGACUGCAGUGGUGGCCACGUGCUGAUUGACGGCGACACCGACCUGGGCUACGUGGAGGACGGCACAGCCUGCGGAACUGACAGUAUCUGUUUCAACCGCAAGUGUAUCCCUGUCCAGCAAUUCAACUUCAGCACCUGCCCUGGAACCACAGACACAGUCAUCUGCUCAGGACACGGGGUGUGCAGCAAUGAACUGAAGUGUGUGUGUUACUUGGGCUGGGCCGGAGACGACUGCAACUCCACAUCGCCUCUCAGCUAUCUGAUUGUGGGACCCACAGCCUCUGUUUCAGGCAUUACCAGUACCAACAUCGUCAUCAGCGCCAUUGUAGGGUCCAUCCUCUUCCUCGCCCUCAUUCUGGCUGUAACAGCCUGGUGCUACAAGAGCUACAGAAGGAGGCGUUAUGUGGAGUCUGAGGUUCAUCGAAGAUUCUGCCGACAAAUGCCGCCAGGCGACUACGUGACCAAGCCGAGCGACGCCGACUCCUUCUACAGCGACAUGCCGCCCGGCGUGAGCACGAACUCGGGCUGCAGCUCCAAGAAGAGGUCAGCGUGUCUGUCACACCUUCAGAUUUGUGCCCUGUCCUUCACUCCUUCCAUCCCAUCCAUUACGCAGAACAUCUCAGUUUUUGGCUUCAGAUCUAAUGGUUUGUCCCACUCUUGGAGUGAGAGAAUCCCAGAUGCCAAACACAUCUCAGACAUCUGCGAGAACGGAAGACCGAGGAGCAACUCGUGGCAAGGAAACAUGAGUGGCCAUCGGAAGAAACUGAAAGGAAAGAAGUUCCGCGCUCGCUCCAACUCCACAGAGACACUUUCUCCCGCCAAGUCUCCCACUUCUUCGACAGGAUCAAUUGCAUCCAGCAGGAGAUACCCCUACCCCAUGCCUCCCCUGCCCGAUGACCAGAGGAAAGCAAACAGGCAGAGUGCCAGGCUGUGGGAGACAUCAAUAUAAGAGCUUGAAAAACAAGCUGAGAUGAAAACACUCACGCGUACAACAGUGAAGCAAAAUACGCUCUGUACGCAGACCGAGAUAAGCGACAAGCAUCUCGUCAUUCGAGACGAACCUUGGGCAGCGCACAACUGAAGCUCAGAACUACCCACCCCCUAAAAAAAAAAAAACCUUGAGCCAUUCUUUCCAACCACAUAUCCGUGCUACAUUGGAUCAAGAGGAGCAUUUGUGGGUACAAACACUGAAUGCAUGAAGAAGCUCCCAAGGACCCUUUUGGACACAACGCAUGCAAGGGGCACCGUUUCACAACCUCACUCUCUCGUUCCAUUAUAACUAACAAUACUGCAUCUUCACUCCUAAAAAUGGAAAAUGAACAUAUCCACCCCCUCCUCUUCGCUGUAUUUUAUGUACAUAUGUAAAUCAAAUGGCACUUUUUUUUUUUAAUUUGCCGUGUCCGUCCAUACACAAGAGAAUGUAGAAAGACAUUUGGCCUUUAUGGAGGGGAAAUAUUCAUACCAGAUAUUCUCAAAACUUUGGAGUCGCUCUUAAAAUCCUAAUGGCAAAUUGCGAGAAUUAAGCACAAUUUGUCCAAGAAAAAUCGUAAUAUUCCUUAUUCGAAUUCAGCAAAAGAAUUGAUAUUUUAACAAGUGAAAUUCAAAACUACCAUUCACUUUUUGCAACGUUGCACCUUUUAAUUUGGAAAAGUUAAUUCUCUUAAUAUAAAAAAAAACACCUUUUCCCAUUGAUUUUAACCAAGGAGCCAAAAAAAUGGUUCUCUGUUUUAAUGAUUCACACAUGAAAGUGUGUACUUUAUAUCAUAAAUUAUUUUGCAAAACUCCAAGGCCUCUAGCUUGAGAACCAUUGAUUUAACCCCCCUUAAAAAGCCUUAUAUCCCAUGUUGCCAUGUGUUUAGUGUACUCAUCUUGUUGAAUUUACUAAGUCCACACCUUGCCCAAUUUAGAGCAAAGUCACAGUUGGUCUGAAUAUACAGUCCCUGACAAAAGUCUUGUCGCUUAUCCAUUUUGUAGAAACCUGACUUUUAAUUAUUCAAUUGGUUUUAGAAAUGGCUCAUAUGAAAGCUGAAACCCUCCCAAAUGAUGUUAAAUGUACAAAAAUAUAUUUGUUUCACUGAAAAAAGAUUUAUCAUUUAAUGAAGACAUAAAGGUCGAAUUUUGGCAAGACAAAAGUUUUGUCGCCUACAGAAAGUAGUGUGAAAAUUGAACAAAAAUGUACUUCAAAUACAAAAAUAUGUUCCAUAGCAUAAGCGAAUUAAGUAGCGGUGCUGUGAGAUCCAAAUUUAAUAUUUUGUAUGACUUCCAUGGGCUUGAAGGACUGCUUCCAUGCGGUUCGGCAAGGAUUCAUACAAUUUAUUGAUGAAGUCAUCACGAACAUCAAAGAAAGCAGUCUUGCAUGCCUCCCAGAGUUCAUCAACAUUCUUGGGUUUCGUCUUCCAUGCUGCCUCUUUCAUCCUACCCCAGACAUGCUCAAUGAAUGGGCUGGCCAGUCCUGGAGGAUCUUGAUCUUCUUUGCCUUGAGGAACUUUGAGGUAGAGUUUGAAGUAUGCGAUGGAGUACCACCCUGCUGCUGAAUUUGUCCCUUUUUAUGGUUAGGAAUGUAAGAGGCAGCUAAGAUUUGUUGAUAUUUCAGACUAUUUGUCUCUCAGGGUGCAGACAAUUAAAAAACUGUGUGGCAUUUGCCAAGGCCCACAGCCUGUCAAAAGGAUGGACGCUGGAAAAGUGGCAAAAGGUGGAUUUUUCAGAUGAAUCUUCCAUUGAAUUACACCAAAGUCGCCGCGAAUAUUGCAGGAGACCUACUGGAGCCCGCAUGGAUCAGAGAUUCACUCAGAAAACAGUGAAGUUUGGUGGUGGAAAAAUCAUGGUCUGGGGUUACAUCCAGUAUGGGGGUGUGCGAGAGAUCUGCAGGGUGGAAGGCAACAUAAAUAAUCUGAGAGCCAUUUCUGAAACCAAUUGAAUGAUUAAAAGUCAGGUUAUUAGCAAUUGUUUCUACAAAAUGGAUAAGCAACAAGACUUUUGUCAGGGACUGUAGAGUGGGGUACACACACAGCAAUUCUGAACAUAGCAAUUUGUUUUUGUAUUCUUUGAGAACAAAUCAGUGGUGCUAGUAAAAUAAUUGAGGUCCAUUUUGUCCAAUAAUUGAUCAAACAUUACAAGCCAGCCAAUGACUGCAUGCAAAUAAAUGCAAUUGUCACUUGUUUUACCGAGACUAUAAGAGGGUUAAUAUGUCCUAAUUUUUUUGAAUACAUUCAUUAAAGGGACAGACAACACCUGGUAUAAAUGAGCUUCAUGUGAAAGACAGCUCAAAUAUACUGUAAGUAGGAGUGGGAACCUGUUACCUCACGAUACGAUACGAUUUGCGAUACAAAGCUCACAAUAACGAUGAUCUGACGAUAUGGCGAUAAAACGAUUAUCGAUACAUUGGUCAGGAAAUCAUUCUAGGAUAUUCUACCAACAACAAAUAAACAGAAAAACAAGCUUCUGCUGUGAAUUGGAAUGUGUUUAUCGCUAGUAGAUGUCCAAUCCAUUUGAACUCGUUCAUUCGCUGUCAUCCCUCCCACUUCAAACGGAUUGAAUGUUUAUUGCCGUCAGUGACAGCCAAUGCCAGGUAAUGAAGUAAUUUUGGGCCAUUUAAGGUCAUUUACCUGUUGAUUUUCAGUUCCUGUUGUUUUUGGGGGUAUUUUAUGGGUCACUUCCUGUUUAUUUUGAGUUACAGAACAGGAAGUGACCUGGGAAUCACCCAAAUGAAUAGGCAGUGACUCAAACUCGGAACAGGAAAUGACCUGUAUAUGCUCUAAAAUGAAAAUGAAAUGCAAGUGAUCUGUAAAACCCCUGAAAAUCGGACAGAAUGAAUGAAUGCUCUGGUUUCGAAUGAACAAACUAAAUGGAUUGGGCGUCGAGCACCGUCAAUGCAGCCUUAGAGUUAACUGAGACACUAUUAUGGUGGAAGAUUUUGGUAGCAACCUGUUGGUUUCCUUUUUUUUUUUUUUUUUUUUU